AAUCAGAAGACAUUAAUUUCAUAACUUGUAAACUAAAGGAGCAGCAUAACUAACGGCAGACAACACUGGCAUGAAAUUAUUAAUUGAAUCACUUUUUGUACAACAAUAAAGGAGAAGUCUAUAAAUUUCAAUGACAGAAAUAUUAUUCAUCUUGUUAUGUAACUGCUAUAAACUAGUUGGAAAUUCACUGCAAUGUUUAUGGAAUUUAGUAAGGGGAUUAACUUGCACUUCUGACAAAGUUGAAACAGAAAUAAGUAAUGACAAUCAAUAUUAUUUAAACACCACAUAUUUUUCAUUUAUUCGACAUUAUUUUUUACCAUGGUAUAAGUCAUUUACAGUUAGCUUCAUUUCGUAUGGUUUAUUAUUUUUAAUCUUAUUACUUACCCACUCUACGCAUUCCAUUUUGAAUGCUAAAAAACUUUAUGUAACUGGUUUGUUAUUUAUGAAUUUCUUAUAUAUCUGGUGUACAUUUCUAAAAUUAUCACCUUAUCUACUAAUUAACGUAAGUAAGGAGGAUAUUUUAAGUGGUAUACACAGUCAAUCAAUUUGGUUUAAUAAACAUCGAUUCAAUCAAUUUGGUGGUAAAUAUGCGAUUAACAAUGGUGUCAAUCAUAAUAUCAGUAACAGUAUAACUUAUUCUUUCAAGUGUCGUAACAUUUUUCACGAAUUUUUAUGGAUAAAAGUUUAUCUUUCAAUCUACUCUGAUUUAACAGUUCAUGUAAUCUACAUUUCAUGGUUAUGGUCGAUAGGAGUGCGCAUUGAUACUCCAGUUGACUGGAUAUUUCAUGAAUUCUUGAACUUGCUAAUGUGUAAAAAUUUCCAGCUGACUUACCAAAGCUUUAGUUGCAUACUAUUGUUUGUUAGCAUACUCACUGGUGUCUCACUUAAGAUCUGAGCCUUCGUUAGCAAAAUGGCGAGCAGAAAAUAUGAUCAAGAACUGUCAACAAAAUACCGAAAUCUGAAUUUCUUUCUCUAUAUUAUAACAAAAAGUUGGAAUGUCUUGGCUUCAAAAAAGGAUUUUUAUUGAAGAUAUAUGUGGCUUGUCUGUCUGCGUCUUUUCGAGUCUUAUUCAAAUAUAUACAAACUGCAAACUUGGUACAAAUAUGUAGUGAGUUGAAGUAACAAUUUUCCAAAACCAUUUAAAUGCUUUUACUGUUAAUAUUUCAAAAUGAUUAUUUAAAUGCCAUUUAGUAAUAAAAUGUUGCUUGAAAUAA